AUGGAUGUGCGGUCGAAGAAUCGUCGGGUCAGCAUGCUCAGCGCGACGCGGAAGAACUUCGCCGAGGUGGAGCGCAUCGUACGGUCGCUGACAGCGGAUAGGUUAGCGGCCGCCAGGGCGGAGCUGGAGACGUCGGGCAAGACUACCGACGAUGGCGUCAAGGAGCUUCUAAGAUGCCUUUCGCUGUACGGCUAUCGGCAGCCCAUGUCGAGGGAGCUCCGUCUGAGCAUGCGGCGCAAGAUCCAGUCACUCAUCUUAUGUCGUGGCGUGCCUGCAAUCUGGUUCACGCUCAACCCGAACGACAUCACGAACCCGGUGAAGCUGAGACUGGCGGCAUACCGCACACGUGAUCCCGCAGCGGCCGAGGCAUUCCUGCAAGGCCUCGACAAGGCGUUCAAACGUGCGCGGCUGGCCAUCUCGGACCCGUUAAGCUCGGCCGAAUUCUUCCACCGAGAAAUGACGUUGUUCUUCGAACAUUACGUGAGAGUGGGCGAGGAGUCGGUGUUCGGGCGCAUCAGCCACUAUUACGGUGCCGUCGAGACCAACGAGCGUGGAGCGCUCCAUGUUCACGGACUGCUCUGGCUGCAGGGCAACGUGCAUCUAAGCUCGAUGCUUGCCGAUAUCGACGGCGAGGAUCAAGCGGCAUACCGAGAACGCAUCGUCAGAUACGUCGACAGUGUCUUUCCGAGACAGGAUCUGGACCAGGAAGGCUUCUGCGCAAUGCAGGCCGAGCGAUCGGUGACGUCAGAUAUAUCGCAAUUUCUGGGCGACGAACGGCAAUUUUCAGCCUCGUUCGACGAGGAAGCGAACUUCUGUGCCGGCGCGACGCAGAUCCAUACCCACAGCCCGACCUGCGUCAAUGCUUGGGCGUUCCUGAACGUAUCGUUGCUCUACUGGCAAGUCUUCCGACAAUGGCCGCACCUUCGACGAGAAAGCGGCGCAGCCGUUGCAGAUGGCUCUGUGGACGAGUCAAUACUCGUCGAAGAAGCAGGCCAGAGGAUUUGCCGUGUCGAGGCAUACCGUCAUCGGGGAGACGUCCUUCGAGGGCUGUGUCUCUACGACUACGUUUCGCUGGUCAGGCUGAAGCGCAACGAAAGGGACGAGGGGCCCGCCGGCUGGGGGGAGGUCCCGUUCGAGAGCGGCUGGGCUCCGGGAGGCCGUUGGGCGCAGGUGCUCAGGCGACCGGGCAAGCAGGCCACGGUCUGCCUCGACGGGUAUUUGAGCAAGGAUUUCGACGAAGACGACGAAGGGUCGUGCUACCGAAGAGCGGCUGUGCAGCAUCUUGCGCUAAGCUCGAUCGGGCCGAACCAAAUCACGGCCGGCUCGCCGGAGCUCACGGCGAUGAUGCAGGAGCUCAGCCGAUUUCAGCAAUCGGCGCUGUCCUCUUCUUCCGAGGUCCAGGCCACAAUACUACCCGAACGGGGCCCAAGACGAAUCAACAUCCCGGGCGGGCAUUCUCCGGAGCCACCAUACCGCCGCAAACCUGUCCACGGCACCGGUGACUGGUCGCCGCGCGGCGAUGACGGCAGCGGAGCUCGAGGAAGGAGUAGCGGGGCCAGCGCGGGAAUGGAGAUCCGGUUCGGUGCCUCAACCUCCUUCCUCGAGGCGGGCAAGGCCCUGGCAGCGCGGCUCACGCUAAACAAGAAGCAGGCGAUCGCCUUCCUAAUUAUAUGCCGCCAGCUUGACCUGAUACGGCGCGGGGAGAAAAGCAACGUACGCCAGCUGUGCCAGUUCGUCGGUGGAGAGGGCGGAACGGGCAAGUCACGAGUCAUCGAGGCGCUCGUCGAGCUCUUCGCGUCCAAGGAUCAAUCGAAUCGUCUGAUGAUAACGGCGACGUCGGGGACGGCAGCAGCGCGGAUCAACGGCAUUACGAUCCACUCCGCCUGCGGGUUCUCGAAAGAUCUCGCGGCAGCCGCAAACGCGGCCAAGGAUCUCGACGGGGUGCGACUGCCGAAACAGGCGGAGCGGUUCGUCGACGGGCAAUCCCGGAUGGACUGGCAGGAGAAGGACGUGCUCGUCAUCGACGAGGUGAGCAUGCUCGGGGCGCGGACGCUACACGCGGUGAACGAGCAGCUCUGCCGGCUGCGCGGGUCGCACCAGGAUUUUGGAGACAGCUCCUUCAAGGCCGAGACACGGCACCAGCACGACAAGGCGCACGCGUUGUGGAAGAGAUUCACGACCACGGUCAUGCUGGACGAGCAGGUGCGCGCCGCGGGAGAUCCGGAAUUGCAGAGGCUGCUAAGGCGGAUUCGACUGGGCGUGCAGGACCGCUCGGAUCUGGACCUCCUCAACUCAAGAUGCUACCGGGAAGGCAGGCGGAUCCCGUGGGAGACGUGCAUCACCGUGGUGACGCCGCUGAACAGGAACCGGUGGAACCUCAACAUGGAGGCCAGCUUGGCGUUCCGGGCCCAGCAGCGGUCAGUGAUGCGCAUCUUCAUCUCGGAUCAUACGUGGAAGGAGGCCCUGCCGACGGAGGAAGAGGCCAUCAUGAUGCUGAACCAGGGCGACGACAGCGCGAUCCCGGUGCCGGCCGUCUUCAUGUUCGUGCCGGGGAUGCCGGUCGUCGUGAACCAUAACACCCAUCAGGGGCUAAAGCUGGUGAACGGCGCCGGCUACACGGCGCUGGAGGUCGUCCUCGACAAGUCGUACCCGGGGCAUCGUAUCACGGCAGACACGACGGUCCAUUUCGGGCCGCCGGCGGGGAUAAUGCUGGAGUCGGAGACGACGAACGACGUUCACUUCUGCCAGCGAAAGAGGCCGUGGCAGCAGAACGACGUCAGCCGAAAGGGCCUGCCCUCUGCGGGAACGCGGACGUCAAACAUCGACGGACGCGCCGUGUCCUCGCAGUGCGACCCGUACAGCCUGUACGUGCAGCUGUCUCGCUGCCCGACGCUGGACGGCAUUAUGCUGGUCUCGAAAUUGCGGGAGAGGGACCUGGUGGGCAACAAGGUGCCAGACGAGAUGACAGACGCAGAAGCGAGGCUGGGCCAGCUGAGCGACAAGACUGUCCGCGAGGCCUCGGGAUGGCUAGACGUUGAUUCCCUGGACUCUAAAGGCACGGGCCUGGACGUGUAG